UGUACAGACUAUUAGCACAGUGUCACAGCUGCCUUUCAGCACCAACAGCAACUUCAAGAAGCCUUUGGAAUACUCUCUCCACAUUGACUCUACUAUAACUUCUUUAUCACCCAAGUGAAUUAUUGAAGGAUUUCAGGUGCCAGUCAAAAUGAAACUGAUCCUGCAGUCUUUCCUCUACGGCUGUUUGCUGGCCACCAUUGCACAGAGUGUGGCUGGAUUCAAACUUGAAAUUAGCCCAGAGCUCAAAAAGAGGUUGAGCAUAUGGAUGCAGAGCAGAUCGAGACAAGAUCUAAGCAGUUUUUCUGCAGAGAAGACAGCAGAGUCUGUACAGUUUGUCAGCCCAGAAGACGUCAGGAACAUCCUGAUUCCUCAUUCCAGCACUGACAUCAGCAUCCGAACCAAGAGGUCCAAAAUUUCAGUGAACCAGGCCUGGAGACCGGGCUGCUCUCUGGGCACCUGCACUGUGCACGACCUGGCCCACCGCAUCCACCAGCUCAACAACAAACUAAAGAUUGGUAGUGCACCCAUCGACAAGAUCAGCCCACAAGGCUACGGCCGGAGGCGUCGUUCCCUCCCUGAGCGCAGGGCCACACUGAGGCUGGAGGGGGGCAGGCUGAGGCCUGUGUGGGGCAAUGCAAACUCACAUGUUCACAAGCUGGAGGAGCUGCUCAGACGGACAUGAGCUGGACUUGUACGGGGGAGGAACAGGGGAGGAGAGCAGCAGCCGAGGCUUAGUGUCUCUGCCCUGUUCUAAAAUUCUCCAAAUGCCUCAGACUUUUGCCAAAAGUUCUCCAGUGCAUUUUUUCCAGACCCGAGUACUGAGCGAUAGCUGCAGCGGCUCUGGAAGCUGGACUCAGCAGAGGCAUUGGCGAUGCAGAGCGCCAAAACAACAGCUGGUCUACAGGCACUGGAUGGCACCGUGAAGAGAGCGAGGGAGAGAUGCUGAGGAUGGUGCUCUCUGCCCAGCUGUGGGAGAGGAGCAAGGUUUAAUACAGCGGUACAGACUCAGAGAAAAGUCCACUGCUUAAAUACUGGGACUCUGCUAUGCAGAUCCUGAACUUUGAGUUUUACCCUGUGGAUUACAGGAGCCAAUUUCACCAAACCCUCUAUACUCAUCUGCACUUUUCAGUCCCAGCCGUCUCAGUCAGACAUCUACGUGGACCUAAAAUACAUCCAAAGACAUCUGGUCCAUGCCAAACAGGGAGAUAAGACAUAAGGAGACGGAUUUAUAAUACAGAGCUAUGAAGCUGAAGUUUUUGGACACUGUACGAGGGAAAUGCCUUAGAGAUUGUAUGAAAUAUCUGUGCCAGUCCACAAUGGAUUGAACUAUACUUGAAUAUGUUUUCUAUAAACACGUGCAAUCUAUGUAUGUAUAUUUUAUUUGGCAAUUUGUAUAUAAGAUAUUUCAGAUAUCAUUAUUUAAAUAUUAUAUAGAUUAGAUUAGAUUCAACUACUUAUGGAGAUCUUAUGGAACUAUUUUUGGACAGGAAGAAUAUAUAAGGGCAUUGUAACUAUUUGUUGUUUCCACUAUUGUUUGCAUCAUGGAUGUUAUAUGUUUCAAACUGUGGUAAUAGGAUAAAUGGUUUUUAUAGCUAUGGUAUAAUAUAUUUGUAAAUGUGGUCUAUUUUAUUUGUGUCGAAGCAAUUAACAUUGUCAUACAAUAAACAUUUUGCAUAUAAAAGUU